AUGCAAACAGAUUUGCACAUCGUACUCAAGUAUAUAAGUAUCUAUCUCUCUCUGACUUUCCAUUUUUCAUAUAAAGUAUAUCUCAGUCAUUUCUUUUCUCUUCCGUCUUCUACCUCCAAUCAUCUCAGUCAUUUCUUUUCUCUUCCGUCUUCUACCUCCAGAUAUCUCAGUUAUUUCUUUUCUCUUCCGUCUUCUACCUCCAAAUAUCUCAGUCAUUUCUUUUCUCUUCCGUCUUCUACCUCCAAAUAUCUCAGUCAUUUCUUUUCUCUUCCGUCUUCUACCUCCAAAUAUCUCAGUCAUUUCUUUUCUCUUCCGUCUUCUACCUCCAGAUAUCUCAGUCAUUUCUUUUCUCUUCCGUCUUCUACCUCCAGAUAUCUCAGUCAUUUCUUUUCUCUUCCGUCUUCUACCUCCAAUAUCUCAGUCAUUCUUUUCUCUUCCGUCUUCUACCUCCAAAUAUCUCAGUCAUUUCUUUUCUCUUCCGUCUUCUACCUCCAAAUAUCUCAGUUAUUUCUUUUCUCUUCCGUCUUCUACCUCCAAAUAUCUCAGUCAUUUCUUUUCUCUUCCGUCUUCUACCUCCAGAUAUCUCAGUUAUUUCUUUUCUCUUCCGUCUUCUACCUCCAAAUAUCUCAGUCAUUUCUUUUCUCUUCCGUCUUCUACCUCCAGAUAUCUCAGUCAUUUCUUUUCUCUUCCGUCUUCUACCUCCAAAUAUCUCAGUCAUUUCUAUUCUCUUCCGUCUUCUACCUCCAGAUAUCUCAGUCAUUUCUUUUCUCUUCCGUCUUCUACCUCCAAAUAUCCGUCAUUUCUUUUCUCUUCCGUCUUCCGUUUUAG